AUGUCGCUUUUCAUUCUCACUGAGACAAGCGCCGGCUAUGCCCUGCUGAAGGCCAAGGACAAGAAGCUCUUCAAGCGGGACCAGCUCCCUGAAGAUGCUUCCUCUGCGGAGGGUAUUUCCAACCUCUUCAAAUUGAAGAACUUCAAGAAGUUCGACAGCGCCGCUACAGCUGUGGAGGAGGCCUCUGCCAUCAUUGAGGGCAAGGUUACCCCUCUUCUGACCAGCGUUCUGGAGGACCUGAAGGAUGAGAAGAAGGCCUCUCUGGCCGUUGCCGAUGCCAAGCUUGGAAAUGCCAUUGGCAAGUUGCCCGGUCUCUCUAUCGAGCUCAUCGCCGAUUCUACCACCUCCGAUGCCUUCCGUGCCAUUCGUGAGCAUCUGACCACUCUUAUUCCCGGCCUUGCGCCCAGCGAUAUGUCCGCUAUGUCUCUUGGUCUCUCUCACUCGCUCGCUCGCCACAAGCUCAAGUUCUCCCCGGAUAAGAUUGAUACUAUGAUUGUCCAGGCCAUCGGUCUGCUGGAUGAUCUCGACAAGGAGCUGAACACCUAUGCCAUGCGUGUGAAGGAAUGGUACGGCUGGCACUUCCCCGAGCUUGCCAAGAUUUUGAACGACAACAUUGCCUACUCCAAACUUGUUCUGAAGAUGGGCAUGCGCUCUAACUGGGAGACCGCCGAUCUCUCUGAGGUUCUUCCGGAGGAGAUUGAGGGUGCCGUCAAGUCUGCUGCUGAUCGUUCCAUGGGUACCGAGAUCAGUGAGGAGGAUCUGGAGAACAUCCAGGCCCUGGCCACUCAGGUUGUUGAGUUCUCCGACUACCGCCAGCGUCUCGCCAGCUACUUGACCUCCCGUAUGAACGCCAUUGCCCCCAACUUGACUGCCCUUGUUGGCGAGCUCGUUGGUGCCCGUCUUAUUGCCCACGCUGGUAGCCUUUCCAGCCUUUCCAAGAGCCCCGCCUCUACCCUCCAGAUUCUGGGUGCCGAGAAGGCCCUGUUCCGUGCCCUCAAGACGAAGCACGACACCCCCAAGUACGGUCUGAUCUACCACGCCUCUCUGAUCGGCCAGGCCACUGGCCGCAACAAGGGCAAGAUGGCCCGUGUUCUUGCCGCUAAGGCAUCGCUUGGUAUCCGUGUUGACUCUCUGGCUGAGUGGGAUGACGAUGUCACCGAGGAGGACAAAGCCGCUCUUGGUACCGAGGCUCGCUUCAACCUGGAGCGCAAGCUGGCCGCUAUGGAGGGCAAGCCUGUGAAGCCCCGUGGUGUUGCCAUUGCUCCCAACGGCGCUGCUGUCCAGCCCCAGAAGUUCGACCUCAAGGAGGCCCGCAAAUACAACCCCGAUGCCGAUGCUCUGGCUUCCGAGGAGCCCGAGGAGCCCACAUCUGCCAAGAAGUCCAAGAAGGACAAGAAGAAGAAGCUUGUGCAGGAGGUUGAGGAAGAUGAGGAGGAUGAGGAGAUGGCCGAUGCCGACUCUGACGAUGAGGUGGAUGGCACUGGUGACUCCGAGCUCGAGAAGCUUGCCGCUAAGGCUGGUCUCAGCGUCAAGCGGUACCAGCGUAAGCUGGAGCGAGGUGAGAUCUCCUUUGAUGCCGCUGGCAAUCCGACAUCCAUUAGCAAGAAGGAUCUCAAGAAGGCCAAGAAGGACGCCAAGAAGGCAGAGAAGGAGGAUGGCAAGAAGCGCAAGCGUGAUGACGGUGACGACAGCGAGAAGAAGAAGAAGAAGAAGAGCAAGGGCGAGUAA